AGAAGGAGGAGGAGGACGAAGAAGAAGAGGACGAGUAAGAGGAGAAGGACGAGGAGGAGUAUGAGGAGGACGAAGAAAAAGGAGGCGGAGGAAGAAGAGGUGGAGGAAGAGGAGACCACGGCGAAGGAGGAGGAGGAGGGAGAGAAGGAGGAAGAAGAAGACGAAGAGGAGGAGGAGGAGAAGGAGGAAGAAGAAGAGGAGGAGGAGGAGGAGGAGGAGGAGGAGGAGGAGAAGAAAGACGAGGAAGAGGAGGAGGAAGAAGAGGAGGUGGAGGAAGAAGAGGAGAAGGUGGAGGAGGACAAGGAGGACGACGACGAGGAGGAGGAGGACGAGGAAGAGGACGACGAGGAGGACAAUGAGGAGGAGGACGAAGAGGAGGAGGAAGAAGAGGAGGGCCCGACGAUGGAGGAGGAGGAGGAGGUGGAGGAGGAGGUGGCCACGGAAACGGAGGAGGAGGAAGAAGAAGAAGAGGAGGGGGAGGAGGAGAAGGAGGAGGGGGUGGAGGAGGAGGAGGAGGAGGAGGAGGAAGACGAAAAGGAGGAGGACGAGGAGUGGAGAAGCGGAAGGACGAAGAUAGGAGAAGCGGGAGGAGGAGAAGGAGGGGGAGGAGGUGGACGAAGGUGGCUCACCUGGCGUGGGCGGGCGAUGGCGCGUGGGGUCGCGCUCGUCGACGCGGAGUUCGGCAUUGGCAACACGGAACUCCGGCGACAGCGCGCGGGGCAAGACGGGGGUACCGAACCGGAUGCAAGGAGCCAAGUUCCUGGCGACUACCGUCUGGAAGAGGAACGAAUUUUGGAAAUGGUUAGAGCCUGCUAUGAGGAGGGUAUUGUCCCGACGGACAUUGACCCUGGUGUCAUGGAGGUUCAUGGAAGAGAAGUGAAAUUUACCUUAAACAUUUCGGUGGAUGAAGUGAAGGUGAAAUGGCUUAAGGGAAGGACAGUCACCAUUAUUUUCCGUGAGGGGGCUAGAUUCUUACCGAGGAGGGUGAAGGAGGAUGCUAUUCGAGCAUAUGAAGAUGGCUGGAUUAGUGAUGAACUCUUCGGUCAAGAUUUCAAGCGGGGAAGGAUAAAGGUGGAGAGCCCUAAUGUGGUUUCGUACAUUCCAAGAUCUCAAGAGGUCACCAAUUGGAUGCUUGCUAAGAGAACCGACUUCGUGGAGUUGGCGGGGGUUAUUUAUCGUACAGACUUCAAGCCAUGGAUGACUCGAGCGGAGGUUAGAGACUGGAGAGGGACGGUUGAUCAAGAUACAUUUUGGGUGGUUGCAGUGGGAGUUCCACUUGAUGAGAUGGUGUUUAUUCACGUUCAUGUGGAGCGGGCUAUCGGCAAGAUCUUGAAGCGCCAUCUCCCUGAAGCUGAUGAGACGGAUCCAAAGUUGGUGAACUUACGUUUUGAUAUUGAGCCAUCCAGGAGAGAGCACAUGAAGGACAAAAUUUGGAUCCAAACACAUCAAGGUGAUAUGUUGGAGGUCAGAAUGGCUGACGCCGAAUCAGAGUGGUGUAGAAGGUGCCGCACCUUCUUUCACACAGAGGAUACUUGUAGAAGACCGAGUCGACGAACUCGGGGUGGACAGUUUGGUAAUCAACCGCUCAGCUCAGCAUCGAAUGGCCGGGCUAGAGGCGCUAGUCCGUCAUAUCAGGGUCCUCUUCCUCCACCUGGAGGAGGCGUGCAACAACAACAGCAAGGCGGGGCUGCUUCGUCUGCGGCUCCGGCGAACUCAAGUACUCCGGCGGGUGCUAAUAGCCACAUAGCUUACUCCAUUCCGAAGAGCCGUGAUAUACCUGGUUUUCAAAUAUUCGCGAAGGAGUAGGUACUAUUUGCAGGAGAUUGGAUUUUUCCCUCCUUUCUCCUGCGGCCUGGCACGCCACUAUUGAUAUUGUAGAGUAUCCACAGACUCUGUCAGACCAUAAACCUGUUAAAGCGAGUUUCAAUUCCUUGAAAUUGGAGAGAGGGCCGGGGUACUUUAGAGUAAAUACAGUUAUUCUCAAAGACCCCGGAGUGACUGAUUGGAUGGAAAGAUUCUGGGAGGAUUGGAAGAAAAAUUUGGAAACAUUCUCUUCUAAGGCCGAUUGGUGGGAUGCAAACUCUCGUAUUUUUUCGAGCCACCUGAACCUCUUCUCACGCAUUCUGGCAGUUGGUCGAAAGAACCAGGAAAUGAACUUAAUUAAGAAAG